UAGCACAGUAGAGCUUCUGUAUGAGUUGAGCGAAAGUGUCUAGCAAUAAUUACAAGGAGGUUGCAGCAAGGAGGUUGCAGGUCCUGCCAGGUGGCUAAACUUGGUAAACUCUUUAUCAAGAUCAUUUUGAAGGCCAACUUUCUUUUAUUUCCUUAAAGAGCCAUUCAAGAUAACCAAAAAGUACCAAUUAAUUUUUUGAUUAAAUAAAUUACAUUGUUUCAGUGGCAAACAGCGAUAAAUGAUGGAAUUCCCUUGUUUUUAAAUAAUUAUGGACCUUACAGAGACUUCCUUGUUAGCAUUGAAAAUUUAUUGGACACAAACCCCCAUUAUGUUUUAAAAUUGCCAAACAUUCCAAAAAAUAUUGAAGAAAUGAUUAUUAUUCGUUGUUGGCUAGAACAUUUAUUUAAUUGUGCUUUUGAAUGUGCUUAUUUUGAUAAAGGAGUAUUUAAUCCAGAAAUGAUUAAUAUAUUAUUUGAUAACAACAAAGCAAUCCCUCUCAAAUUUAACAUUGAAGAAGCCUGUUUCUGGGCUAACGAUGAAACAUUCCAUUUGGAAUUUUAUUUUGAGCAUUUAUCAAUUUCCAAAUCCUUUAGCAUCAAUUUAGAUAGUGUGGACAUUACAGAAGAGGAUUUGGAGAUUUUAUUUUUUAUGUCAGUGAAUGAAGGGGAUAAAUUCCCCCAAAUUUAUUUUUGUAAUUCAAAGUUAACGUGGGUUUAUGAUUUUAUUCUUGAUGUAAGUAUUUGAAGAUUUAUAGCUUAACUUGGGUUCUACUAUUCUGGGGACUUAUGUUAGAAUAAAUUACAUUUUUUUGAAUAUUUAUUUAUUCAAUUUAUUCAACAUACAUAUGUAUGUAUAAAUAUCGAAUACAAUAAUAAGGGAGAGAAAAGGUUAGGCCAAAUCUGAUAAUGAGGAAAAAGCAGGGAUAUUUAAGGGGCAAGUUGAGGAUCAAAAUACAAAAUGAAAGUGAAUAAAAAAGAUAAGUCAGGAAGUGUAUGAGAAUGUCGG